AUCUCCAUCUUCCUCAAACUAACCACCUCAAGAAAUACUCAGCCUCACAUAUCGAACACAUCAAUGGCCUCCUUGGACGCUAUUAACCGCGGGACACCAACUCCAGACCAUGACACGACUGUCGUAGUCGUUGUCUUUGUCUCUCUAGGUUGCGUUAUGUUCUUGGCGUUUCUAGCGUUUGUCAUUUGUUUCAUGAUCAAGAAGAAAUGCAAGAAGAACAGUAAUAAAAGUGAGAUAGUUCGUGUAGAUGAGCACUAUAAGAUGAACGAAGCUAUAGUCGAGGGACCUCAUGGACCAGAGGCAGUGGUGCUAUCUGUUGAGGAUGAUGUUCAUAUAGAAGAUUUGGUCAAAAAAGGGGAGAAAAAAGUGGGAAAAGACGGUGUAGUUGGAUCUUCCCGUUCUUAAAUGAGCCUUCGCUCAUAAGGUUUCCACUCUAUGUGUAUAAUUUAAUUGUGUUCGUAUAAAUAUGAAUCAUUCGUUUGGUAAAAUAUAAGGCGUCCGAGAUAUUUCAUGUAGGUUCCUUGGAAGAUAAGUAAAAUUUUCUAGGUGAUAUAUAUUAGAUGAUCACAUUGCUGUAUCUGGGGAUUAAAUCUCUAUAAGAUUAAAAUAUUAUAAUUUUAAAAGUGGUUAAUAAA